AUGGAAGCCAGAGACCCAGACCCCGACGCCCCGCGCCGUGUUCGACUCCAGCUUGACUUGAGCUCAAUCCACGCCAGAAUGCAGAGCAGCGCUGCGGAUGCCUCCCCACGCGUCACCGCCCCCUCGGCGCUGCUUGUCUCCGCCCUGAAGGCCGGUACUUUGACUGGCGGUGCUGGCGUUCUGCUCGGCAGCGCCCAAGGCAUCAUCGCCUCCAAAUCUCCGGCGCUGUUUGCAGCUUUUGCAGGCGUGCAAUGGUUCACCGCAGGGACCGCGUACUGGGCCAUCCGGAGCGCCAUCUUGAACCGGCGAGGCCUUGGGGUCUGGUACGACAUCACGCGCGGUGCCGCUCCCGGAGUCAGCAAAGUCGACACUUUCUCACAGUCGGAGAAGGUUCAGGCCAGCACCGUCGCUGGAGGCUUUUCUGGCGGAAUCGUGGCUGCCGUGACACGAAGCCGGGCGCACAUUAUUCCCGGUGCGGUCAUGUUUUCCCUCUUUGGGUUUGCGGGGCAGCACCUCUACAGUUUCUUGGAUUCAAUACAUGCCGCGUCUGCUGACAAACCUGCUGAGGGCAAGAGCUGGUUCCGAAAGCUAGCCGACUCCCGGUUCAGCCCCGUCAAAGUGCUCUCGGAGGGAGAAUACGAGCAAUUGCUCCGAGAGAAGCUUCUCAAGGUUCAGGUGGAACUCGCCCUCGUCGAUGAGGCCAUCGAGGAACUCCGACAGCAGAACAGCCCGAAGAAAUGA